AAUACCACUGCAGGGAGAGGAGGCAGGGAGGGAGAAGCAGCAUGGCUUAUUGCACGUAUAAAUGCUGACGAUGUCAGGGAGCAUUCCCAGGAAAAAUACCUCUUUCUUAAAAGGAGAAAGGGAAAAAAAACAGCGAGCUUUAAGGGUUUGUUGUUGUUACUAAGACAGGGAAGUCCUUUGCAGCUUCUUACCAAUGCAAAUGCAGUCCCCCUCACUGUAGAGGGGGUUUGCAUCGUUCUUACUUUCUGGAAGGCAAGUUUGAGGCUGACACAGUUCAUUACUUGGAGUUUCCAUGCAGAGCAGCAUCUCUGGGACAAUCCUCCGUCCUGGGGACAGUGAGGUGGAUGUGACAGCCAUGGCUCGGCUCUUCAGCUACGUAGAUGUGACCGACUCUGGCUUCAUCGCGGCUGUCCUCGCCAUCGCCUUCAACCCGCUCUUCUGGAACGUGGUAGCCAGAUGGGAGCACAAAACGCGAGCGCUCAGCCGGGUCUUCGGCUCUCCACACGCUGCCUGUUACUGCCUGGGUGCCGUUAUCCUGAUGCUCAACUGCGUGCGGAGCCACUGCUUCACAGAAGCCAUGAAGAGCCAACCGAAGCUGGAGGGCUUGGAUUGCCACUGGGCCUAUUACUCAGGCUUGGCCAUCUUGGCUGUAGGGACCUUGUUUGUCAUUUCCAGCUUCUUAGCGCUGGGAUUCACCGGGACAUUCCUAGGUGAUUACUUCGGCAUUCUGAUGGAGGCCAAAGUGACCAGCUUCCCCUUCAGCAUCCUGGAUAACCCCAUGUACUGGGGCAGCACAGCCGUCUACCUGGGCUGGGCCCUCAUGCACGCAAGCCCAGCUGGCCUUUUGCUGACAGCUGUAGUGGCAAUUUCCUACACAGUCGCAAUGCUGUAUGAGGGGCCUUUCACAGAGGAAAUCUAUCUGCAGAAACAGAAGGGAGUGAAGAACAAGUAGUAACAGCAUCUCGGAUACCUCGGCACAGCGUGCCUCUCCGGUCCCCAUGCUGACCAAUUUGCCCGUUUUCCUACUGAGAUAUAUCCUACUAAUUAGCCCAGCAACCCCUAAUGAGCCAACUGAGCACCCUGCAGUACUGGAAGCGAUCAGAGGAACAAGCCUGAGCAUGGUGGCACCUCCUCGCCACAGCCCGCCGGAGCUGGAGGUCCCUGUCCCCAGGUCCCUGUCCCCAUUGUCGGGUCCCUGCGGCUGCUGCCACCAUCGCCUUGAUGCUCUCCUGGGAGCCGCACAGCGCAGGACCUACCGACCUCAUCUCCUGCACUGAUUAUUGGAGAUCUGCAGGGGAAAAGGCAACUCAUCUCUGGCCCUGGACUGGAGGGAAAGCAGAAUAAUGAUGGAGACACUGGUGCCUUUGGUGAGUGAGGUCUGAGUGUGGGGAAGCGCCGCUCUGGCUGGUCCUGGGGAUCAUCCGAAGAUGCUGCUGAGGAACCACGGGAAGCAAACAGAGAGUGCUCGGGAACCCCUGGGGCGUUCAGACGCAACCGGGGAAAGAAGAGGGGAAACUGCUGCAAACUUGGCAAAAAAACCUGCUGCAAACCCCGCAACACAACAAGUCUUUUCUGGAAAAGGGAACCCCCCAUUCUAGAGCUGUGGUUUCCCAUUUGCAACUCCACACUAUUGGCAAAGGCUGCAAAAAAGGUGGCUGAAAAGCACAUAAAUGUGAACAUACGACCUAAGCCACCACCCAAAGGGGACGGAGGGAUGGCAGCUGUCCCGUGAGGAAACCCCAGCGUGGAGAAGACCAAAGGGAAGAGUCAAUCCCCAUGCACACCCUGUAGAUAUCCCACCCCUGGCCAUGUUGGUGUCCUGGCCCCUUUCACACCCCCCCAGCCUCUCCUUGUCCCCGGGGACCACCUGGGGGUCCUGCCCUCCUGCCCCACCACCCAGUGCCUUCCAGCUGUUUGUCACUGCCACGCGGGGCCGGUGGGUGUUGGGGACAGGGCUGUUUCUGUCCCUCCGUCCCUGCCACCAGCCUCGGCCAGUCCCAAAGAGCCCAGGGCUGGAUCCUGCCCUGGACAGGAAGAUCCCAGGGGUGAUGCUCCAGACUCACACUCACUGUUUACACAUUCCCAGAACAGUUUGAGAAAUAAGCUGUAAAUGACCAAAAAAAUAGCAGCAUAAAGGCCCCGGCAGCGGCGCUGGAGAAGGGAACCACGCUGCUGCUGGUUCCCGGUGCCACGUCUCAGCAUCGCAUUGUCCCCUCCGUCCCCCCGUUUUUCUCAGUGUCACCUCCACAAAACAGUCCUAUAUUUCCUUUUGCUUUUGCAUGUUGUUAAUUCACCCUUCGGGCAUUGCUCAGCAGGAAUUAAAAGCGUUGGUUUCUUUUCA